GCAGUAACUUCAAUCUGCAGCUUGCAUGUGCAGCAGGUUAACGCUGCCGAACACCGUACCCACAAUGCAAAGCUAUGCUAGCUGGUCCUUAGCAGAGCAACCAGACUGCGAGCAAAAACAACAACAGGCUACUUUACGAAGACUCAGCUGCAUGGAGAGCGACAACAACGACGACCAGGAUUCAACACGUGCACUCUUAACUUCGUAAACCAGAUGCGUCUUAGCCUUAUAAUGUGAAUGCUGCAGUUUAUUUAGUGUUCCUCACCAGCUGGAGUGACAUUUUAUAGGGAAAGUGUUUGCAGGCUAGCUGGCUAGCUCGCCAGCUAUCUGCGUCUCUCUAUGUUUGAGUGUCUUCCGGCGGUAGCGGCGGCGGCAGCAGCGGUGCCAUGAACAGUGGACUCCCAGCUUCAGCUGCUCCGCUCGGGGGUGCCGGGAUACCCAAUGUCAAGGUGAAAUUUUGUCGAUACUACGCGAAAGAUAAAACCUGCUUUUAUGGAGACGAGUGUCAGUUCCUGCACGAGGAUCCGUCCAUGGCAAGCCUGCCGCUGCACGGAAGCGGCGGUAGCCCCGUCCCGUUGUCCAUGGCCGGGGGUGGCGGGACGCCAGCGGGGUAUUCCCUCGGUGGCUCUGCGGCGGCCUGCCCAGGCGGGGGGACCGCUGUGUCCAAGAAGAGUGACCCAAUGGGGCCUGCAGGCACGUCUCUGGAGGGGCAGCUGUUAACCAGUAAGUAACAGAUUUAAUAUAUCAAGGCCUCACACGGGGUGACUGACUGUGACUUUACUUUUGGGCCUUGUGGGGCAUUGUUAAAAUUUAGCCCGAGGAUUCAGUGAGGCCUUUUCACCCCAAACAACGUGGGACACUGCUACCUACCAAAUAUUUUCCAAAGCCUAGCGUAUGCAGCUUCGGCGUUAGCUUUCCUGUGAACAGGUCUCCUUUAGUUGGCAUUAAUUGUGCUUAAUAACAUCACAUUAAAGUACUUUAGCUGUUGCAGCUGACGCGGGGGAGGCCUGCUGUUUUUGUGUGACAGCUGUGAGUGGGCUGAAUCCGCGACUCACGGCAGUUAGCCUCUGUAGCUAUUAGCCAAGUAGCCUUAGCUCAACUUUACCAGCAUUAAACUGCAAACUUUAACUUACUAAAAUGUGUGAGCUGUACUUUUAGAGAUGCGUUUCUAGAUAAAGAACUUAUCUUGGAUUUUCUUGUUAAAUUGAGUGCUAAGCUGGUGUGCUGCUGUCAGCCCGUAAGUUUAAUGUUUGCUAACAUUAGCGUAGCUACGUUAACUGUUCACGGGGCUUUUUCUCCAAUGUAAACAAACUCAUGUGCAACUCAAGGAUAAGUAUGCUCACUGAAAAGUCAAACAAAUAAAUCAAGUCUUUUUUCAUGUGGUGCUUAUGAUGCUUAUAACUUAGUGGGAAACUUUAACUGCACUGCACUUGGCUCUUUAGGUAGUGUUUACAUGCCUGAUAACGACACCUGCGAUUCCGUAACCACGCACCCAGAGGUGUAAACAUGCACAUGCAUACUUUCUCUUCAUAUAUCAAGUGCUGAAUCUUCUCACUAAAAUUUGUAUGUGGUUAAACUUCCCAGUAGUAAAACUUUUGUGUCUGUCUCUCGCAGUCCCCGGGAUGGAGGGCACAACCCUGAGUGAUGCCAGUCUUACCAACUCUUACUUCAGCAGCAGCUUUAUCGGGGUCAAUGGGUUUGGAAGCCCAGCAGAGUCAAAAUACUCAAUGAUGCAGGUACUUGAGGGGUAAUGCAUGCUAAAUCCAGAAUCUGAAAAAUCUGUCUCUGUAAUACAUGUAUUAUUUGACCACAUCGCAGUUGGUGCUGUCCAAGGACAACCUGAUGUGCACUACAUUACUGAACAUGUUGCAGAAAUUUAUGUCUCAUACAGUUUGUUAAAAUGUCUGUUGUACAUGAUUACAACAGCGGAUGACGACCAGCAGCAGUUCUCCCAGUCUCCUAAACGAUGGUGCCAAGAACUUCAGCCACAGCGCUCACGGUAAGACUCCUUUAGUACUCCAAGGUGCAGCACAUGUUUGUUAUAUACCAUAAGUACUACUAUUAAACUUGUUAUACCAUUUGAUCUUCUGCAGAUCCAGUGAAUUCCCCAACAUCCUCACUAUUCAGUGAUUUUGGUGCUCUCAGCAUUUCCCAAAGGAGAAAGGUGAGCACUCAUUCACCCUUGAUGACGCUUAUGUAUAAGAGAUAUCUGACAGGAGAGGUAGAUUUCAUUUAAAUCACUUAUUUGUGUGCCUGUGUCACCAGACUCCUAACCCAGCAGCAAGUGAGUUCAUCCCCAAAGGAGCUCCAAGGAUGGCUACCAUGGCUCAGUCCACUGUCCAGGCUUUCCCUUCACCUAUCUUUCCACAUCCAGGCCUCAGCAGCUCCACGGCAGCUGCACUGGCUCCAGGUGAGGGAGGGUUACUAACUAAGAAAUCAUUUCCCAUCAUGGUUCAAGUUUUGUUUUCCAUCUGAAGUGCUGAAAUAUUAUAGUACAGCUAGUUUUGGAAUCCCUAGGAUGGCUUACGUUUUCAACACGUGCUUCUGUUAACAUAAAAACAAGUCUCUUUCAGAGGAAAUGAUCACACCCUGUCAAUGAUCUGUGUCUCCUCUUUUUGCCAACAAUUUUAGGCAUGUCUCUGUCUGCGGGAUCAUCGCCUCUCCACUCUCCCAAAAUCACACCACACAGCUCACCUGCCCCCCGUCGACGCAGCCACACCCCAAACCCUGCCAACUACAUGGUUCCCACCACUGCGUCUGAUCCCAACACCCACAUUAUCCAGAAAGAGACUGUAGGGGGGACCACCUACUUCUACACAGACAACACGCCGGCACCAAUGGCUGGGAUGGUAUGUGCUGCACACUGUGACCCACUCCUUGUUUUAGUCAGGAUGCAUUUGCAGACCAAGCUGUACAUAAACAAGCAGACUGUAAAUCCUGUAACAAACAUGCAAAGAUGAAGCUUUACUCAACCUAAACUACAACACACUAACCCGCUUUUAUGUUUUCCUACGUUUGAAGUAGUUAUUUAAAUGGAGGAGUUUUGGUUUCUUUUGUAAUGCAGACAAGGAAAAAAAAGAAUUUGUUGGGGGGACAAAAGGGUGUCAGUGUAUUGUGUAACCUUCCCAACAGGUUUGAAAAAAAAACCAUGCUUAGUGCCACAGGUUUUCAAUUCUCAAUAAAAGGGAAGCUGUGUUUUUCUGGUUUCAUUGCAGGUGUUUCCUACCUACCAUAUCUAUCCCCCCACUGCUCCCCAUGUGGCUUACAUGCAGCCGAAAGCGAACGCCCCAUCCUUCUUCAUGGCUGAUGAGCUACGACAGGUAGUCCUACUCGCCAUCCAUUUUAAUGCUAAAAAUCCUUCUUGUAUUCAUCUCUGGAGAAAAAUCUCUGAAUUUGUGCCCUUAAUUUCUCCUCCAGGAGUUGAUAAACAGACACCUGAUCACCAUGGCUCAGAUCGACCACUCAGAAAACCCAGGUAUAGGGUCUUUUGUGUUGUUGCAACAAAGACAUGUUAUAUUUCUUAUUAUUUAUUUAAUUUAUUAUAACUUGCAGCAAAAACAUUGACCAAGUUAUGGGGGCUGGGCUGUGUAUCAGACACAACACAAGUUUGACACUGUGGUUUUGUUUUCUUUACGUGAGCAAACCUCCAUUGCUCUGUUAAACCAAGAGAUGAUUUCCUCAUGUCAGUGGGAAAGGCUGUUGAAAUACAAUGUUUGUGGUCUCUUUGGUUGUGCUUACAGUUACUCGCGUCCUUUUCAUUUCUGCCACAAAGUGUCAGACAGUUAGAGUCAAAAUGCACUAUAGGGUACAAUAAUAAAGUCCAUAGUCUAGGACUGAUACAGUAUUGGUAAAAACAAGUCAUUGUUUAUGCAGGUUAUGACUGAAAGUUGUUCGACUAGUUUUUUGACCAUUUAUGUUUGACUCACAUUGUACAUUUUCUCAUCUGCCCACUCCUAAAACUACCUGUGUCCGGCAGAUGUACCAUCAGAGGUGGACAGCUACCACAGCCUGUUCCCCCUUGAGCCCCUUCCCCCUCCGAACCGCAUGCAGAAGACGAGCAACUUCAGCUACAUCACCUCCUGCUACAAAGCAGUCAACAGCAAAGAUGACCUGCCGUACUGCCUGAGGAGGAUACACGGUGAGAAAUGUGGAGAUGUGGAACUGCCUCUCAAAGACACACUACAGAAAAGCUACACAACCAAAGUAGAUAAUGUUGGAGAUUAUGACUCAAAAAGGCAACAGUUUUUGACAGUAAUAUAGUGUAUGCAUUGUUUUUACCGUCUUUCAACCAAGUUAGUGUGUAAUUCCAGCUGACGAAGCUUGAACAACUAAAAAAAGUCCAAGUAAAUGAACAAAAAGUGCCACUUUAUUUCGACACAAAUAGGAUAAUUGAAGUAUUUUGUUGUUUGAAAGAACUUAAAGACGGAUUCCCUGUUAUUAGAAAAAUGAUGUGAUGCUGGAUAAGAGUUUUGAAGGUUAAUUUGAUUUUGUUUGAUGAGCAAAACCAGAUUUAACAUCUGUCACUCUUGUCAGUAACCAUGAAACACGUGUUGUGUUCAAGGGCGACACAGGCUGUUGUGAUAGCAUCAAACGUGUGUGUAAUAAUUUCCAAUGUUUCUUGUGUGUCUGGCAAAUUUGUGCAGGUUUCCGCCUUGUCAACACCAAGUGCAUGAUGCUGGUGGACAUGUGGAAGAAGAUUCAGCAUUCAAACUCCGUAACACUGAGGGAGGUCUUCACCACAAAGGCCUUUGGAGACCACUGUAAGUGUGUGUUGUGUACAAAAAAGUUGAUUGUAUUAAUAUGCAACCCUGGUCUAGAUGCAUGAUGUGAUUCCUCUCAGCUAUAUUGGAACAGUUUUUGUUCGACUCCCAUCUGCAGUUAUUGUGAAUAGUAUCUGCUUCUCGUUUUGGUAUCACUAUACCAAAACAAGAACAAAGGAUAUCGAGUCAUCUAAGCCACUGAUACUAAACUUUGGUCAAAACAAAGCAGACCGCCAAUUGAUGCGAGAUAAUCAUCCCUGCCUGAACCACCCCUUCCUCUCUCUAGUGUGGGUGGUCUAUAGUGGAAUCUGAAAACUGAAGAUCUGAAAAACACAAAGACACCCUACACAUGUGAAGAUAGAAACAUGUUUGUUGACGCUGCAGUGCACAGAUGCACAGCAAAGACCUUGCCUAUAUGUGGCAGAUAUAGCUACUGUGAAAACCAUGUACCAACUCCAGACUGAACAAUGUGCUGCUUGAAAAUGUUGCUUUGUGUUGUUGCUGAUUGUUCGUUUUGUCGUAAAUUGAAAUCUUUUCUCUCCAUCUAUUCCCCCCCAGCGUUGGUGUUCUCUUAUGAUUUUCAUGCGGGUGCAGAAACCAUGUUCAGCAGACACUUUAAUGAUCCAGCAGCGGACUCGUACUUCACCAAGAGGAAAUGGGGUAGGUUGUAUACCCUCCCUUCCUUCUCUACUCUAAAAUAAACCCAGCAUCACCUCUGCGCCUUUCUGCUUCACACUUAGUGAGUUUGUUUGUGUGUUAAUGAGGUCAUGGGCCUAGGUCUAUUUUCAAUGUGUGUAGUAAUGUCCACAUAUGCCUCUCGAAGUAGAAGUGUUAGGAAACCGUCCCACUUUGACAGUUAUUCUGCGUGUGUGUACAUGAGAUGUGGAGACCUUGGGGGUGGAGAGCUGUGGCUGAAACUGAUCCUAGAACAGGUGCUGCAGGGCUCCCAUACAGGGAUGCAGACAGAGGAAGCAAAACCACUCUCUCCAUGGGCUUUGUUCAGUUUGUGACAAACUUUUCAAAUGCCAUUUUUCAAGAAUAAACACAAUUUCACUCACAAAGAUGUGUAAAAAAAUAUCUAAAACCACUGGGUCACACGGUGUGAAAGUAGCUGAAUGUAUUUCAGCUACAUAUAGAAAUAAAAACAGUCGAGCCAAGCAUUCUAGGCGUGAAAUUUGUGGGUUUCUUUGUGCUGUUCACACCCUAACACUGCUACUUCAAUGAGCCCAACCCUCAUGUUGGUUGGUGCUGCAGAAAAUUGCAAGUGUAAUGUAAAUAGAGUUUCUGAGAACAGUGAGAUGAGUACUUUGUUUUGUAUUGCUCUUAUGGGACCUGAUCAAAACUACACACUGAAAUGAUUAAACAGUGUUGGAGGCCGAUGAUUACGACCAAAGAAUUGAUCUUCUUAUUGUGAAAACCAGUUGAUCAAAUUGGGUCAAGCUGCCUAAAAACGACUUGUUGUGCUGUGAGCAACAUUUUCAUAAGGCAUUCAGUGACAGUUUGAGGUUCAGAUCAAAAGUUAACUUUAACCUUUCAGUCUGCAUCCGUGUAAUUCAUAAUCUCUAUGCGCACAGGACAACAUGAGCCUCCUCCUCCACGGCAGCAUGCGGGCCUGCUCCCAGAGUCUCUGAUCUGGGCCUACAUCGUCCAGCUGAGCUCCGCCCUGCGCACCAUCCACACUGCCGGCCUGGCCUGCCGUGUCAUGGACCCCAGCAAGAUUCUUAUCACUGGCAAGACCAGGUACACAUACAGAGACGCCUCAGCAGAAGUGUUGUCAUUACCAUGCACUAAUGAGUAAUAGUGGUUACAGGUUAUCAUGUGUUUCCUUUUAGAAAGUAAAGAUAUGACUGUCGAUUCACUGAAAAAGGAAACUACUUUAGGAGAAGCUUCCUUCUUCCACUCACGUUAACGCCCAUGGUCUCUCCACAGGUUACGGGUGAACUGUGUUGGGGUGUUUGAUGUCUUAACCUUUGACAACAGUCAGACAAAUCACCUUGCCCUAAUGCCACAGUACCAGGUACUUCAUGUGAUUUAGUGUUUGACAUAUAUUUCAUAAUACAACAGCUCAACAGCUUUGGCUUGACUUUUCAAAAACCCACUGAGCUUAGCCCUUUUUUUUAUUUUGUGUGUGUGUGUGUGUGCCCUGUUGUGUAGCAAGCGGACCUAGUAUCACUGGGCAAGGUGGUGCUGGCGUUGGCGUGUAACUCCCUGGCUGGCAUUCAAAGGGAGAACCUGCAGAAGGCCAUGGAGCUGGUGUCCAUCAAUUACUCUUCAGACCUCAAGAACCUCAUUCUGUAAGAAAAGAUGAAUUUUCCACCAGUUCCACUGAUGAUUAUGUGUAAUUUCAGAGUGUUAAUAUUGAUUAUACUUGGUGCUUAUGUUUAGUAUUUGUGUCUUUAGUGCAUUGGGGGAAAAAAACGUCACUCCGUAGUAUAAUUUUGUAAGAUAAACUUCGUAAACAUCUGAUGAACUUGCCUCUGCUGUCUUCUGUUGAAAGAAUUAGGUCAGCCUAAAUAUCUUGCAACCACUCUUAACUAGCAGAGUUGUUUUUUUUUUUUUUGUCCCAAUUAGUUUAUUUUUUCUCCAAAUUUGCCCAAAAUCAUUAUCAUCGGCUCACGUUGGAGUGCCUUUUUAGAGCACGUUGGAUGGAGUUUGAAAGAUCAGAAUGCCUGAAUGUGUGCCAGGGAGGAAGGUGAAAGUUCACAUUUCUCACAUGUCAAAGUCUUCUUCCUCUGGAAACAUCUCAGCGCUUGACUGAUGAGAAAUGACAGCGAUGCGGCACCAUUUUUUUCUGUUGCUUACUGGGAAGUUCUGUGACCAUGCCCUUAUCAACAAGCACUUGUUUCAGCACAUCAGUUGGUCGUAGUCAUGAUUUCAUAAGUUUUGCCUGGUUGACCCAGCUAUGAGGAUACUAUCCGUGGUUAAACACCAAACAGAUCUGGGGUUUUUGCAAGACUGUUUGGUAAACUUUGCCACUAGCUGUUAAGUUUCCUCUCUGUUGUCAGCCCAGAUUGUGAUUACAGUAAAGAAGGAAGUGUUUCUCUGCUAUAAAAUGGAGUUGAGAUCUUAAUCACAAUAACAUAACUAAGUUUCAAAUCUGUCAAGGCUGGACAUACAAAUUAGUUCAUUUUUUUAAAGUCCUAUUCAUCAGAUAAAAUUUAUCUGAUUGACGUCUUUUCCUUGAAUCAUAUCACUACCAGUUGUCCUCCACCCCCGUGUGUUUUUCAUGACGUUGGCGAUAUCAUUAACUGUGGUUUUCUUCACAUAAAAGAUAAAGACGUGUGAAAGAGUGCCCUAAGCAGAAUGGUUUCAAUACAUAGGAAACAUACGUAGUCACUUUCUCAGUUAUUUAAGCCUUUCUAACCCAAGAGGGUGAUUCAUAGGCUGAGGCUUUUCUCGGUUAUGUGAAGCUCAGUUUCCUUUAAAGACCCAUUCUAAUGACUAUCAUGUUUUUCUCGUUUUUUACAUGUUGGUGUGGCAUUUUUCUGAUGAUACAGGACAUAUCAUCGGAAAAUAAGUGCAAAAUUGCAUUUCUUGUUGUUUUUGCAUUCAAAUCGUUGUGAAUCUUUGGCAGACCUAAAUGGCAGGAACAGUGGGAUUUUAGAUGUCACAAAUCCAAGCUCCGCCCCCUGAGCCCCGCUAUGCAGGCCAGACACUGUGAAAUAGAGGACGAUUGCGGAACAAGUGUUUGUGUUAGCAGAUUGCAAAGAAAGCUAAUUAUGAUAUUAGCUUUCAUCUCAGACAUUAGUGUCUGAGAGCUGAAUAGUUCCUAUGUUACCUGCUAUUUCUACUACACUGGCAAUGUUAGGCUACAAAGCUAACGUGCAGAUGAGUGUGCAGAGUAGCGCUGUCUCCGCCCACAGCUCAGAGGCGAAUUGCUAAUGAGCGACUGGAGCUCUGCAGAAGAAAAGUCUUUGAAAAUGACACAGAUAAUGUGAUUUUGGCUAAAAAACUUAAUAAUCACAAUUCAAAGACCACUGAGAACACUGAAUAAUAAUAAAAAAAAAUCGAUCGGAGUGGAACUUUAAUGCAGCACCUGUGGAUCCUGAGUCAAAACUUCAAAUGAGGUUUAUGAUUAGUGUCUUUCACUAUUUUCUAAAUCAGACGUUAAUUCCAGUAAAAGUUUUGUAAGACCCCAGUGAAUGCAACUUUUGGAUGAGUUUAUCGGUUACCUUGCACUGUUGUUCUCGACUUUUGCAGCUAACCUUUUGACAAACUGAUGUUUUUCUGUUUCUGCAGGUAUCUGCUGACUGAACAGUCUCGCCUGCGCAGUGUCAAUGACAUCAUGCCCAUGAUUGGAGCUCGAUUCUACACACAGCUGGAUGCAUCGCAGAUGAGGAAUGAUGUCAUUGAGGAGGAUCUAGCUAAGGUAUGUAAAGAUGCAGAGGUUUUGCUUACGGCUGUUUUUUUUCAUGGCCAAAUAUCGUGCACACAUGUCCAGAGUAGUGCUGUGUUUUUUUCGGCUGCUAGUAUUUGUCAAAAACUGGGGCAUGUUUGAUGAGCUAAGUGAGAAGUUGAAGGAUGUAUUGGCUUUGAGGUCUUGUUUUGAGUUUAUUUUGGCAUGCCAGAGUGAAACAGCCAACCUUCACCUCAUUUUUUUUUUCUCUUUUGGAGGCUGAACUUCCCCUUUACGCCAAACCAGUAGCAGUUUGGGUUGGUGUUGUUACCUCAAACUGAUGCAAAUUCAUGUUUCUGUUGCCUGUCUGUCUCUGCCUUUAUCAGAUGUCAAGCAGAUCUCACAAGUUACGAGCAGCACAAAACUACAAAACAGCUGGCGAUUUGAGAUGGACAUUCAAAUCUGUGGAAAUAAAACAAGUUGCAGAUUGAGGUUUUCUGCUCCGGCUAAAUCUGCCUGUGUUCUGCUGAUAACUGAGUUAGAUUGGAGACAGUCGCCCAGUAAUCGGCCUCUGUUUUAUGUGCAAAAGAAACUUAUGCACGAUACAAUGACAGUGUGGUUCAUAAGAAACAAUGAGUUUGUUGAGUCUUUACCUGCCUCUGUAGGACUUUGCUGAAAAUAGUUCUAUGCUGUCAUGAUAACUGCAUUUUUUAAAAUGAUUAAACCACAAGCAGCACAUAACAGGGAUGUUCAAAAAGACAUGAAGUCCUUUUUCGAACAUGAUCAGCUGUGAUUGUUGUCUUUAAAUCUGGGGUUGAUCAAUAAUUUUAGGGAUUAAUUUGCUGAUUUUUCUCCAUGUUUAAGACAGAACAAGAACAGACAGAAGAGGAAACAGGCUGCUGUCGCUGUGAUGCACAUUAAAAGAUCCAAAUGAUCUCCAUCUGUUUCAGAUGGUUUAGAGCAGGACAUUCAGCAUGUUCAUUAUUCAGGUGUUUGUUUUUCACAUCAGCCUGAUACCUACAGAGAGCGCACUCAAGAGCUUUACUAACCCAGCAAAAAGGAAACAGACAGAGGAGAGUAAAGUUCAGACAUCAUGAAGGGGACUCCCGUGUCCUCAUGCAACAUGAGUAUGUGUUCGGUGAAUGGAGCCUAUUUUGAGUCUGUCUGUGUUGACAAUACCAUCAGAUCAAAUUUAAGAUAGUAGGGGUCAUGCAGUCUGCUGAAGUCAGAAGGGAUUUUUCUCGCCAUGAUGGUUCUGGAAACAAAACUUCUUUUACCUUCAGACUGUCAUGAAGUCAUUAAAUCAGCAAGUGAAGCCUUCAUCUGCACACUUUAAGUGUUGUAGCUAAUGUACUUUACUGCACAUGUGACCUUAAUAGAGGAGUAUGUUUAAAUAAAUAUAAUGUGGCUUUAAAAACGUUUUCUUAAACGUUCUCCUGCUCAGAAAGUCUGUUGAGAAAUAAGCAGAUCUAUGUGAAGGGAUCAUUAAAGCCUGAUUUGGUCCACUUGAACCUGCUUGUCUGAACAAACUGUGUAUCAACGCCAAGCUGCUGUCCUGGAACAGACACCGCUUCAACUCAAAUAUUAAACUAUUUAAAGAGUUACUUGAGAUCCAGUGAUGGAGAACUUUUCCCCGAAAGAAGACAUGAUAUCCUGACCAGUUUGAUUCAACCCUUUUCACUUUGUCCUGCAGUGCAGAGUGUUGACAGGGAGAGACAGGCAAAGAGGAGGAAGAGAAAGGAGAGGAAAGGCAGGAGUAAAUUUUAUCUGCCGAAGUGAAAGGUGAGCUAUGACUUGACAGAACCAGCCCUUCAAACAGUCCACUGAAGUGACUGACGGCAACAUGACUCUGAGGGAAAUAACAGUGAUGCUCCAGUCACCAUAGGGAGGAUGCUUGGACUUUUACAUUUGUCGCGAAUUGGCCCUAUAUUAAAAAAAUUUAACUGUCAGAUUGUAAACAAGAUGAAUUUAGAAGAAACUGCAGCUUGGCUGACCUCCAGUAAGGAGGAAGUGUCACCUUGAGCCUGUGAGGAAACAGUCCCACACCAUGUACAGACCUAAAGUGAAGUGACAAGUUUCAGUUUCUCACUGUCCUCUCUGCAAGACUACAAGUUCUAUUUUCUUCUAAGAAUUGUUGCAUAUUCUAUCGGAAAUAUUCAUUACAUUCAGUUUCUUCCCUUUCCACGUAACUGUUAGCUUGUUAGCAUAAUCAAGUUCACCCCAAACCUGCAGUAUCUGUACACCCCACAGGGUUUUUUUUUUUGGCCUCUGUGAAACUCAAACAUCCGCCUGAGAGCAAAUUGACCACAGUGGGUUUUUUUCUGCCUCUCACAGCCUCCAGAAAACUUUUCACAACUUUUUACUAAAUGUGACAUUUGUCAGUUGAUGUUUGUGCCGGCUUGAGUUUGUCUUCUGGAGGAAAAAAAGGAUGCGCCUCACAUUGACAUUAGGUCAAACAGGUUCAUUAAGUGACUUGUCUUCUUCCUUUUAACACCCUUUAAACUUUUCAAUCAAAAGAAAAUUCUUGCAGCUCAUAACCACUAUUUUCUUUUCAGGAAGUGCAAAAUGGCCGUCUUUUCCGUUUGUUGGCCAAACUGGGCACCAUCAACGAGCGUCCAGAGUAAGUAGUUCCUGUCAUGAGGAUCCGCCUGUAUGUGAGCUUGUGGAUCUGUGACUCUGUGAUGUGAAACGGGCAUUUUUGAAUCAGGUUUCAGAAGGACCCUACCUGGUCGGAGACGGGCGACCGCUACCUGUUGAAACUUUUCCGGGAUCACCUGUUCCACCAGGUGACAGAAGCUGGGACCCCCUGGAUCGACCUCAGCCACAUCGUCUCCUGCCUCAACAAAGUCAGUGACCCUCUAUUUUAUACGGAGGACACUUAUCAAGUUGUCUCUAAAGAAGAACUAUUUACUUCUUUUGAGUCAGUCUCACUUGCCAAGCGGCUCAUUUUUAGAACAUGUAUUCAUGAUUUAAAUUCACUUUAUAAUAGUUAUGUACAAAAUUUCUACAGAUUGCAGGAAAAAAAAGAGAGAAAAAAGGGACUUUUUUUCUGGCUUACUUCCACCUGUGACGUUUGGUGUUUGGUGAGCAGAUGGUUAUCGGCAAAAGCAGUGAAACUGAAAAUCCCCGAGCACAUUUAAAAGACUUUAUCACGUCUCUUUGUGUCUCUUAGCCCAAAAAUCUAAUUUCAGACUUCAGACAAAACUACCAUCAAUUUAAUCGUAGUCCAAAAGAGAUCCUUAAAUUAUAUCUACAAAAACUGAGCAUAUAAUUAGCUCCCCUUCAUUCUGCUUCUUCACUUGAAUAUAUCAUGAAGAGCUUUUCGUUGUUUCCUGUUUGUUGUAGUUGAUCAAAAUAAUUAGUGUGUGUCUGUGAUUUUGCAGCUGGAUGCAGGUGUUCCUGAGAAGAUCAGUCUGGUGUCUCGGGAUGAGAAAAGCGUCCUGGUCGUGACCUACUCGGACCUGAAGCGCUGCUUCGACAGUACUUUCCAGGAGCUGCAGGCCGCUGCCUCUGGUUCUCUGUAGCACCCUCUUGGGGCCUGGAGUGGGACUGCCCAGACCUGGAGCACACUAUUGCACUACAGGGGGAGGACCAGGCUCAUGGUAUGACAUCAGCAUGGCGAAGGCAGCGGGGCGGGGCUUCGUGAACCUCAGUCACAUACACUGACCCUGUCCACCAGGAAGGCUUUUCUAAAGUGUAUUUUUUUUAGUUUUCCUAAACCCCGCAGCUGAAAAUUGUACAACAAAAGGAACAAAAAAAAGACACAUAUGGAAGCUGUGAUGAGCGACUAUGAGGACAUUUUUUUAGAUUUGGGGAACAAAACAAAACGAGAAACAAACCAUGAGGUUUUGAAUAUUUUUCCUGCUUUUAUUGUUUAUUUCUACAGUUGGGGUUUAUUUUUCAGAGGAGGAUGCACUAAGAUUUUAAUUUUUUUGUUAUUUUUUGUUAUUUUUAUGAAAAUGUGUGAGUGGCCUACAGGGUGUACUGGAAGCUAAAGUCUCACACACAGACAUGAACACCAGAGCAGAAUGAAAUCAAACGGAAAAAACAAAACAAAAACAAAAAAAAAAAGAAAAAAGAAACCCAGCUUUGCAUCGACUGCGUCUCUCUUCCGUCUGGAGACCACACUCUUUCAUUGUGACGCACUGACAGACGGGACACACCACUCGAGGCUCUUGUUGGGAAGGGAUGGCACCUGUUUUAUGAAAUGGGCCGGCCUGCCUUUGCCUUGGUUGUCAGUAAGAAAGGACAAACCACUUGAGUGUGUGGGAAGGUUUCUUAAAACUGGAAAAAUCUAUGAAUUUCUGACAUUUUAGCUCAGAAGAUUGUGGAACAUCAGGCUCAUAUGUAAGUAAGUGAUGUGUGUGGGUGGGAGGGUGGGGCUAACAUGGACUGGGAUUUGGGCGGUAAAACGUGGUUUUCUUUGGCACUGAGGAAGGGAAGUCUUUCCCUGAUGCCGUCUACCAAGUGUUUGUUACAGAUGCAGCGGCCUCUUUGGUGAAUGGACGCUACAGUGACAUGAACUGCUCCAGGAUGAGUCUUUGUGAUUUGGCUGUCCAGCACUUGGGUGUAGCCUGCGGGUGGGGCUUCUGACGAGGUGGAGCCACAGCUGCCUCUUUGUGGAAUGUCCUUUUUUGUCCCCCACCCGUACUCCCUACCCUCCCAAACGUCCCCUUUCUGUCUCACUCUUACUCCCCCUUCUUGUCCUGACCUCCCCCCAUUUGAGAAAAAGUGAUGCUUUUUUGUGAUUUUUCUAGCUGGUUUUUCUCUUUGCUCAGAUAUUAUGCAGGAAUGCAUGAUGGGAAAUUGGAGGGCAGUUAAUUUAUGCCUCAACUCUUUAUUAUUCUGUGGACCAAUUCCAGCAGGGGCUUUAGGGGAAAGGGAUGAGGGGUGAAGGAGAGAAGAGGAACUGGGCACUGGGUACCAAAAGUUUCUUUUUGUUUGUUUUAUUUGACUUUUAAAGAUCAUGAUAUUAAAAAUGUGCUGGAGACAAUGCAGCGGCGCGGGCGGCUGCGCUCACUCGGAUGGCUUGGAUUUCUCUCAGGAUGACAAACAGCUGGAGGGGCCCGAUGAUUGAAUGUGUUUGGCCGUCAUUGGCUGCCCCCUGUCCAGUCAGAUAGAUGAGCUGAGUGGGGUCUUUGGAACAAGGUUUUAGAGAGUUAACAGCAUUGUGGGGAUCAUGCUGGGAGGGAUUUCAUGUUGCCCUUAAGCACAGUUAAUAAUCUGAUUAUUAUCUCAAAUCUAUUCCCAGAUUCAAUCUGUAGAUUGACUGGAGGAAUUUGGUGCUUUACCCUGAUAAAGAGUCAGUCCGAGCUCUGUCAAACCACUGUUCUUGAUUUAUCCAUCGCCUUUUGGUUGGUUGGCUAACUUCCACAAACAUGAAACAUCACGUCAUCAUCAUCAGAUUAGAGGCAAAUGAAGAUGAAAAGCAGAAUAAACAGGAACAGUGUCCCGACUGUAUUUGGGGGCAACAGACCGGCAGGGUGAGUUUGAUCAUGUACUACUUCCUCUGUUUUAGUGACAUGAACAGACAAAAACAUAUUUGGUGAAUGUGGUGCUUUAGAAAAAAAAAACCCUCAAAACAAAAAAAACACACAAACACGCAUUAUAAGCCCUCCAACACAGCCUACACAAUGUCAAUGCUCAUAUCACCUUCUUCUUCUUCCACACCAUAACACACACACACACACACUCCAGUUAAUGAUUAGUGACAUCCUUCUUCUCCUGCCCCACAUGGACACACCUACAAUCACCAUCUUAGUAUGUUUUAUGCCCCUCUUGUGUUCAUUGUCUCAAAUUUUGCAAUAUUUGUGUGUACAGCAGUAUUUUAAUAAAGAAUACCAAAACUGAUGCUGUUCGGUUUUU